UUUAGAUUUAUCUGUUUUGAGUCGAUUCAAAUUAUCUGGGGGAACCAAAUAAUUAGAAUUGACUCGUUACAAAUGACCGAGACUAUGAAUCAAAUGAUUUCGUUUAUGAAUUGACCUAACCAAACAAUUCCUAUCGGUUCUUUUCUCAUUUUGCAAGGCAAUGAAUUAAAGAGGGGUCGAAGACAAGGGAAUAUAUGUUAGAGCAGGGAAAACAUGAACAAUUUUUUCCCCCCAACUGUUCAUACUCUUAUAAUGUGCUAAAAGUUGUC